ACACAGGAGUUUCUAGGCCCUGUACGUAAUCGCGUGUCCACGCACGGUGAACGCUAGCACUCGUUUGCUAGACGGCCGGCUAGCAAAACGAGUCGAUUUCUCCUGGUGCGCGAUAUCGGUGGUAAAAGGUGGAGAGGAGACGUUGCUCGUCGAGGAAUUCGAGGGUAUUGUCGAGGAUACCGGUACGAGGGGACCUUGUGGUAGUUGCAACGACGGCGGCAGCGACGGCGGUGGCGGCGGCGGCGGCGACGGCAUUGUCCUGCUUGUUUUGUUGUCUCGCGCGAAACGCACAGGUGGAAAAGAGAAGAAACUAUUGCGUUGUCGAGGAACCGAGGAGUGACGGAGGAGAGCGAGACGACGGUGUGUACGAGUCGUAUAGAGAAGAGACUGGUGGUGUGUCGUAUACGAAUGCUCAUAGGUGUACCGUAAAAGACAACUGCAAACGUCUCGUAAAAGGGAGAAAGAAAGAGAUAGGUAGAGGUAGAGAAGAGAUUUGGUACGGUGGCGAAAGAGAAAGACAAGUACGAGAAGAGAUAGAUAGGAGAAGAGAGGAAAGAAAAGGUGGGAGAGAAAGAGAGACGGAAAUAAAGAAGAACGAAAGGUAGCCAGUGUACAGGACACGAGGAGAGACGACAGGGCGAGAGAGAAAGACACGAGAAGCGCAUUAGAGUGCGUGAUCCAAAAUGGCGCUGAACCAGGACGUGGACCAGUUGUCGAAGAGUAAUCUCGUGGUAAGGAUCGAUCAAAACUCUGAAUCGGAUCUACAGGCGCUUUUCGACAGCGUCCUGAAGCCAGACUCGAAGCGUCCGCUGCAAGUACCACUGCGCAUGCGCAAUCUACCAGAUUCCUUCUUCAAUCCACCGUCGACGGGUAGCAAGAGUCCCUCGAUUUCGCAUUCCCGGGAGAAUUCGGCGGAUUCGGCGUUCGGUACAGCGGCCGCAGCGGCGGUCGGUGGUGGUGCACCCGGUGGAAACGCGACCGGUGCCACACCAUCUACCGGGGCAGCAGGUGCAUCUACCGGUGGAAGUGGAAACAGCGGUGGUAGCGGUUCGAACGCUGCAGGUGCGGCUGCGGCAGCAGUCGCGGCCGCGGCCGCGGCUGGCCUAACCGUUGCUCAUCCUCGCGCCCACAGCAGCCCGGCCUCUCUUCAGCAAACCUACGCCUCAGCUCAGCAGGCGCCUCAGCACGCGCCCCAGCCGCACGCGCGUCACCACCAUCACCAGAAGCAACGCAGCUACGACGUCAUCAGUACGGUCGACGACCUGGGUCCCCUGCCACAUGGAUGGGAACAGGCGCGCACCCCCGAGGGACAAAUCUACUUCCUCAACCACCUGACGCGAACCACGACAUGGGAGGAUCCACGAAAAACAGCGGCAGCGGCGAACGUGGCGGCCGUGGCCGCAGCCGUCGACAACGGGAAAUCAACGAGCGCUGCUACAAAUUCCUUAGGCCCGUUGCCCGAUGGCUGGGAACAGGCGCGUACUCCCGAAGGAGAGAUCUACUUCAUUAAUCAUCAGACACGUACCACCUCUUGGUUCGAUCCUAGAAUCCCUACGCAUUUGCAAAGGGCCCCGACUUCUGGUGCUAUGUUACCUCAGAAUUGGCUGCAACAGCAACCCACAGGUGGUGGUAUUCAAAGUAAUCAAACGUUGCAAGCGUGUCAACAGAAACUUCGUCUUCAGUCGUUACAGAUGGAACGCGAACGUCUUAAACAACGGCAACAGGAAAUCAUGCGUCAGCAAGAACUGAUGCUUCGACAGAGCACCACCGAUGCCGCGAUGGAUCCAUUCUUAUCAGGAAUCAAUGAACAACACGUGCGUCAAGAGAGCGCAGACAGUGGUCUCGGUCUUGGUUCUGCUUACUCUCUUCCUCACACCCCGGAAGAUUUCCUUGCAAAUAUCGACGACAAUAUGGAUGGUACAAGCGACGGAGGUGCACCUAUGGAAACUCCAGAUCUUUCUACUUUGAGCGACAAUAUUGAUUCCACCGACGAUCUUGUCCCAUCGUUACAGUUGAGCGAGGAUUUCAGUAGCGACAUUUUGGACGACGUGCAAUCGCUGAUAAACCCUAACACGACAAAACCUGAAAACGUGCUGACGUGGCUGUAGUGUGCGGAGAGAGGGAAUUGUCUAUGACAGGCAAGCAAUUGAUGAAAUCGACUCGAUAACAAAAAAAAAAAGAAACAAAAAAAUAAGAAACGAAACAACAAUAUCACAAUUUUAAUACGUCUAAACUGAAUGGAACGAUUCUAGAGGAUCUUUACCAGUAACGACUAUUCCAUUAAGAAAACAAAAACGAAACAGGAACAGAACAAAAGGAAAAAAAAAAACCGGAAAAACGCACGUGAAACGAGAAAAUUUUAAAGUUUAAGUAGAAAUGAAAGGAGAGCCUUAAUUGCAACGCGCUAUGCUCAACGUAUAAUACGAAUCAUGUAUACAGGAAUAUUUUGUAGGGUGUCCUAAAAAGUGUUCACGUUAAAUCGUAAGAUCGUGUUCCAAAUAAGGAUUUCUUUCUUAGCUGCCAUGUUUAUCGUGCGAGGAAAAAUGGUGGCUAAAAAAAGAAGAAGGAAAUGUUAAAAGAUUUGAAGCCUCUGGAAUCUAGUGUUCAUGGCAAGCUUGUUUGAGUCUUCCUGAAAAGAUGCGUUUGAGAAUUUUAAGCAGGCCGUUUAAUUAGCAUCGAGGCUUCCCGACAAUUGAAAAACACUUGUCUAUCUUUUACUUCUUCCUUUUUUUUUUUUACCACCUGUUGAAACACGAUGAUUAAAGCUCUUGGAAUCUUGGAACAAAAGGAACACGAUCUUCGAUCGUGUGUAGAAUUUCGAGGAUUUUUUUAUUUCUGGGAUAUCUUGCACGAUGUAAAUGAACAUUGUAUUCGGGUCUUUCUCUUUCUCUCUUAAUUAUUAGAGCGUUCGAGCGUUUGUAUGUUUUCUUUUUUUUUUUUUUGUAUGCGUGUAUGAGUGCAUUCGUGGUCCCCCUCCCCCGAAUCCCCGACAUUUUGUAUAUAUAUAAGUUUGUAUUUCUAUUUACUAAAGCAUUGUACGAGAGGGAGCGAGAGAGAGGACUGAAUAUUUUGCCUAAUAAUAUUUAAAUGUGCGUUCACGCUCAUCAUCAUUGAAGGAAGAAAAAGAAAGGAGAGCGCGACGGUGUGUAAGCUCGAUUUAUUAUAUCUUCCCGAUAGUAAGAAGAUAGGACAAGUUGAAUUGUUGUUUAAUUAUAUUUAUAAUCAACGUUGGUUUAUACAAUGAGGAGAAAAUCUGGUAUCAUGACAUACCAGAUUUUUUUUUUGAACGGUACACAUAUAGGAUCUCGCGUGUGAUUAGAAGAAGAAAUUCUCUUUUAACACUUUGACGGCCGUAUCUUUUUAUACCUAACAGGAGAGAUUAUUCGUAGAAUUAUAUUUCAGAGUUUUAUUCAGAAAGUAUAUUACAAAUAAAAAAAAUAAAAAAAAGAAUGAUGACGUCGGCCGUCAAAGCGUUAGAAACCACCAUACCUGAUGUGUUCACGGGAUUUCAAGGUAUCAAUUGAAAAUUCGUGAAACGUUUAACGUGUAACGAAAUGCAAAAUAAGUGCAAUUAUUAUAUGAAGAAGAAAAAUGAUACGCUACCGUGUAGAAGGAUAAAGGGGGGAGGGGAGGGGGAAAGAAAAAAUGGAAGAGAGGUGAUAUUUUAUUCGUUGAUUACAUUAUAAACGGUGAUCUUUGUGCGAUGUUUACGGAAGCAAAAUGAGCGACGUCUAAAAGUAUCGAAGCAUUUUUAAACACACACUGUUGUCUAUAACUUCGAAGUUGGCAUACGGAGCAAAUCAUGUUUACCGUGUGUUGUGUGUAUCAUUCAGAUUCGAAACAGAUUUUCUUCGAAUCGUCGUGUCCAAAGUAUAUACAUGUAUAUAUACACACACAUUUAUAUACAUACACUGCAAUCGAGUGUCGAUAAUGCUCAGACUAAUUUUACAAAGCGAAUUAAUGCUUGAACGAAGUGCCUUUUCAUUGCAAUCGAUUAGUUUAAAAAAACAAAAAAACAAAAAAAAAAAAAAGAAACGACGAUCUAAUUAAACAAAUCGUCACCUUUCAAAGCAAUAACCGUCCAUACGAGAUGUUUACGUGAACAUGUGGUAAUUGUUAAAAUAGGCAAACAUUUUUUUCUUUUUUUUUUUUUAAAAAACCCUUUUUAAACACGGUAAUUAUAUAGAACAGGAUAAACCUUAUCGAUUUCAAUGAUCUUUACACAUCGAGGUAAUUAAAAUCGGCAUGGUUCGUCCUGUUUCAUGCAAUUAUCUGAAAUACUUCGAAGAGGGGAACACAAAAUAUGAAUAUAUAUAUAUUUUUUUUAUAUAUAAAGUCUAUACUUGUUACGAAUUGCAGUUAUAUUGGUAUUUUGAGAAGAAGAAAGGAAAAAAAAACACUUGUUAGAUUGUAAAAUUCUCUUACGUUUUAUACUACAUUACAGUUAUAAUUAUGGAGAUUACAGAAAGAAAAAGGAGAGAGAGAGUAUAUGAUAUUUAUAGAUUAUCUUUAAAUAUCUCUUUUAGCGUUAAGGAUCAUUUCGCCUUUAAACUCGUCCCCCAUUUUUUUCGGGAAAGAAAGAAAGAAAGAAAGAAAAAGAAAGAAGAGGCCGUUGAUCUACUAGUGUCUGUUUCCCGUGAAACAAACACGUGUAGUUAAUUGUUAAUUAAAAAGAGGAGAUAAUACGCGUAUAUUUAGUUACAUGUGGCAGCUUGAAAACAAAAGCAGCAGAGGUUGACGUAACUAUUUUCUUUUUUCUUUCGUUAGCACGAAAAUGAGGCGACGAUAAGCGGUACCAGUGAUAACGAUCGCUCUAUUAAAUGCAUCCUUUUUCCAUAAAAAAGAAACCGUUUUAUUUUUUUGCCAGUAAUCAAAAUAUUUAUUAUGCAAUGUAACGGAUGAAAAACUUGAAUUUUGAAUAAUUUUAAUUAUAACGUGCCUUAUGAAAUACGCUCAUUUCCACAGUGGCAAUUAAUGAACAUUUUUAAAUGUUUUCUGUAUAUAAUAGUUACGUCUACACUCAAAGCGAUCGUUUUAUCGAUUUGUAAUUUCGUUACGUAGAUGUAUAAAUAGAGAAUCGUGUAAAGAGCUCUUCCGACUUUUCUUACGUUAAGGAAAAGUUUAGGAAGAUGCGUAAUUAUUAAUUAGUAUAUCGUAAUUUUUUUUUUUUUUUUCGAUGUUAUCAUUCGCGAGCACGGUUUUCACCGAUUUUUCUGUUGCAACGCUAGCCGUGCGAGCGAGGAGAGCGAGUAUUCGACCUCUUUCUUUUUUUUUUUUUUUUUUUUUUUAAUUUUUUAAGGGAAUAAUAAAACGAUCAUGUAAUAUCCAUUCGAUAUUUUGUGUUACUAUCUGUAUUAUUCGACUGAGACUUGGAAUGCGAUCGCUGUUACAGUUAAGUGUGUCGAUACAAAGAGUAAAAAGAAAUAGAAUUUGUUUUAUCAACGUUUACGACUGUCGCGAAGUUGAGAUGAUUAAUUAAUUGUUUUAUCAAAUCUGCGGGUAUUUUGCGGUUUCAUGAAUCAUAAGUGUCUACUUUUUAUCUUGCGAUUCAACAUUAAUGGUGAAUGUUAUUUUUUAUUUAAUUGCUAGUUAUUCGCAAACUCUAAAGAUUCUAUUGUAAUUGUUACGUAUACUUGUAGAAAUUAAAUUCAAGUAGUCUUGUUUUUUUCUUUUUACUUCUGUAAUAAUGAUACCGAUGAUUCACGAAACCCUUCAAAUUCGACUGUUAAUAUGUUGACGAUAGUUCAGUUUUUGCGAGCGAAGAAAUUUUAUAUGUUUAAUCAUGUCGAGAGGCACAAACGUGUUUUAUUUUCAUCAAUUAACACCUUACCUACCAUAGUCUAGCUUCCAAUUGGUUAAGGUGUUAACGUCCACUAUGUUUUUUGUUAUCAGCUUUGCGAAGAAAAAAUUGUUCUGUGUGUUGUGAGAAAAAUGCAAAAAAAAGAAAAA